GGAGUUUGUUGCGGUGUUAUCAUCAAUGGCUCGUUCUUUUCAGCAUUGAGUCUGCACUCUUUUUUCGUUCUUUUCUUUCCAAAACAUAAUCGUGGAUGGCAAUUUUAUUUUAAGUAUAUAAAUUCCGACACAGUUCAGUUCAAAAGAACAAGUCAGUAGUAUGAAUUAGUGUAUGUUUGGUGCAAAAGGUACAUACACGUGAAACGAAUAGACUUGUCAAUGGCAGAUGAGAACAGUGGAACGUCGGACGAGAGUUUGGACGCGGGCAGCGAGAAAUUCGAUCCGUUGAAGGCGUUAUAUUCGCCCAAAGUGCAAUUGGCGUCCUCCGUGCCGAUCUACGACAAUAUCGCGAAAUUCGAGUCCAUUCUGAAAGGCAUCAAACCAUCGACGAAAAGUGAUAAAUCGGACGUGCCGGAAUCCUCGAGGCGGAGAUUUUUAUCGCAUCAAGAACCAGUACCUAGAAAAAGACAUGGAGAACGGAAGAAUGUACUCUCGAAAAUGCAAAAGACUCUCGGUCCGUUAGGAAUGCUUCACGGAUGCAUGGAGGAAAAAAUCCGGGUUAGGGUCUACACCAGGAACGAGCGCGGCAUAAGGGGACACGUGGAGGCAUACGUGGCCGCCUUCGACAAGUACUGGAACCUCGCGCUCGAGGACUGCUUCGAGGUCUGGUCCCGCAAAGUCAAGAGGAAAGCGCCCGCUCUCGGUGCUGAUGCAGUCAGGGUAGAACCGGCAGAAAACGACGUCCCUAGGGCGGUGCUGAAGAAGAUCGAGGGAAAGACGGAGACCUUGGAGAGGCACGUGCCGCAGAUGCUACUGAGGGGAGAGCAAGUCGCUAUAAUCGUCAAAAUCAAUUGACUAUGCGCUGUCGCCUUAAGGGACGUCCACAGGCAAACGGCGCCACGUGCAUUCAAUUACGCAGCCAAUUGUAUCUCAUACUUGCCAUUCACAACCAUGUUUUUCCCGUUAUUUGUUAUUUUUAUUCCGUCACGGAACGAAAUUUUAUAUGAAACGUAUUGUACAAACAUUUCGGUGCUAUAUUUGUAUGUAUAAAUGCUUGUAGAGUAAAUGCGCGUACUACAUUCGCGCAGAGUCCUCUGGAUUACGUAACAAAAUUCGAUUUUUUCGAAGUACCGCGAAUGACGCGAAUACAUUAAUGUAUUUAAGUAUCUCGGAAUAUAUUAAUUGGAUAACGAAUAUCAGCGUCAUUUACUUAAUGCGGUUACAAUACGGCAUUGCGACGUGAUCUACAUAACCGGAAUAAAUGUACAUUCAUUUUUCACUCCCCUACGAUACAUUUGUAUAAUAAAUAUUUCAAACGAAAA